UGACAAUUGCUAGCUAGCUCACGUUCUCUACUCCGCUCAUUUUUUGUACAUGUACAUGUACAGGACUCAGCACAUUUCGCUUUUGGCUUUUGGAGAUAUACGUGGAGAGAGGCUCGGAUAGCUGCCGUCAUAGUUAGCGGGAGGUUAAAAAAAAAAGUAUCCGUAUAGUCUGGCCCGAUCUGAGAUCACCAUAGCUCAACACCGCCUCUCCAUAUCCUGGAGCUCGAUGCAGCCUUUGCAUUUUAAUCCUCCCAGCUUUGACCUCAUGACUGGGAUCCCACAUCGGGAUCACUUAGUUCAUGCCAUGCCAUGAGUGUUGUCUAGUAUUUACCGAACACCGAUCGACCCUUAUGGGACCGGAGCCAGCAGAUUAGAGAGAUAUUAGAGCAACCCAGAGUCCGGUGACGGAAAGUCAAUUUCUGACUACAGAAAGAAAGCUGCACAUUUCAGAUGAAACAAAUUAGCCUCACAUCCGUGGCUUUUGUUUCCUGGCAGACUCCUUUGGCUUCUAUCCAACUUCGUCAACCCAGUGCCCGCUAUCAAAACGGAAAUUGGACCUCUUUCUAGCGGAGGAGUAUCGUAUCAGUGUUGCAUCUUCUUGGCAGGUCCUUCCGACGCGAACCACCACAGUUAGUUUGGUCACUAACAUAAGCUAGCUUGGUAACCUUGGUCCAAAUCACUCAACGGACAUCCUUCCAUCUUCAGGUCUAAUGCACAUCUCCCUUGGGGGAUGGUGGGCUCGGCAUUACUUUUCGUAGCAAUUAUUUUGUCUGUCCUGGUUUGUGGAUCUGGCCAAGUACAAGGGUGAACUGGCCAAAGUCCCCCAAAAAGAGCCAUAGGCCGCACCUGCCCGGUAGCGGUAUACCAGGAUUGUAGCGGCGCAUAAGAGGGCAAGGGUUUCGAGUCGCUUAACACACAACUCAUUGGCGGGCGGCAUUUUCUCACGCAAACGACGAUUCCCACAUUACCCCUCUGCUGAUGGGGUGUGUGCAAGGGGAUGAGGAGGGUGGAGGACACGGAAUGAUGCAACUGCGGCAAUGCGGGAUGGAGAGCGCCGCACCACCUAUGCCAGCAACGAAUCCAAUUAAUAGUCAAUAAACCUGCGGUGUGCAUAGGAGGGGCGUAUUUUAUGGGUUGCUAGCAUGUCAAGGCAAGCUUUGUUGAGUUAAUCUGGGAAUUACCCGAUCUAGUCCCGCCAACGACUCCCCUGUCUGUGAGGACAGGUUGGACAGAUGUGCAUGACAAUCAUGCUGGCGUCUGAGUUCCCUGGUAUGGUGUCUGUUGGCUGUGGCCGGUAUAAAGAGGGAUAUAUAGACCCAGGGUGCUGUCGGAGUUUUUGGUACUUUGGUCUGAGAAUUAUCGACGCUGCGUGUUAGAAGCACAUCGGUUUGUCGCUCAUAUAAUAUCUAAUAUAUAUAUAUAUAUUUUGUGUCGCAGAGGGAACAUAGAAGCUCAGACCUUUUUCUCUUUUUCUUCAAAAAAGGUUUUUAACUCUUUUUCCUCUCCUUCCCACUCCGCUUUUAUAUAUACCUCACCACCAGCUUCGUAGCUUCGCCGGAUAUGGGUGGUUGUGCUAGCGUCAUUACAACUCAAACGAAUCAGUUAGGAGAUGUGGUCCGAAGGCGGGGGAAGAAACUCCUUGCUUCCACUUCUCAGUCUUCACCAUCACUACCCAGCUUACCGCGAAAGCAAAAGUUUCGGACCUUGAUAAAGAAGAACAAACAAAAAUCCCUGGAAAAGGCAGAACGCCUCUUUCGAAAAUCAAACCCAACAUUCAACGACACUUCCAAAAUAGACCGCCUGCGUGCAACAGAGUAUUCUACCCUAGACAAGGAGGGCCACAUUUAUUUGGACUAUACAGGUGGAGGACUCUAUGCCGACUCCCAGCUGCGGGCACAUCAUGAGCUUCUUGCCCGCAACAUUUUUGGGAAUCCACAUUCCCUCAACCCAACUUCUAGUGCCAUCACAGAGCUGGAUGAGCAAGCUCGAGCACAGGUGCUAUCUUUCUUCAAUGCUUCCCCUGAAGAAUAUAUCGUUAUCUUCACACCUAACGCAUCCGCCGGCAUGAAAUUAGUUGGUGAAGCAUACCCCUUCUCUCCAGGUGCCGAGGUGAUAUUGUUAUGGGACAACCAUAACUCUGCGCACGGGGUUCGUGAAUAUGCUCGCUCCAAGGGCGCCACAGUCUCAUAUAUUCCGGUGACGUUGCCUGAGAUGCGCGCGGACGAGUCAGUGAUUGAGAACGCCCUUCUGCCGAAGGAUGAAAAAAUUAGCAAUCCCCGCCUGUUUAUUUAUCCCGCCCAAUCGAACUUCUCUGGUACCCAACAUCCUCUCGAGUGGAUUGACAAGGCCCACGAACAAGGAUGUGAUGUUUUGCUCGACGCUGCUGCUUUUGUCCCUACCAACCGCUUGGAUCUCUCCCGCUGGCACCCUGAUUUUGUGCCCAUCUCCUUCUAUAAGAUGUUUGGAUAUCCUACCGGCGCUGGCUGCUUAAUUGCUCGUCGGGAAGCAUUGGCACGUUUGGAAAAGCCAUGGUUUGCUGGCGGCACUGUCUGGGGUAGCUCAGUCCAGGCUGGUGGGCAUGUGCUCUUGCAGGGGCAUGCAGCCUUCGAGGAUGGCACCAUUAACUAUCUAAACCUCCCAGCGGUACACAUCGGCCUUAAUCAUUUGGCGAGCAUCGGGAUAGAGACAGUCCACGAACGUGUCGCGUGUCUGAUGGACUGGUUGAUCAAAGAGAUGCUGUCCCUCCGUCACUCCAAUGGUAGUGAGGUUGUGAGGCUCUACGGACCGGCCAACACAUAUCGACGCGGCGGAACCUUUACAUUCAACUUUAUAACACCCACGGGUGAAGUGGUUGAUGAGCGCAUUGUCGAGAAACUUUCCUCUGCGCUUAAUAUUUCAUUGCGGACAGGCUGUUUCUGCAACCCUGGUGCUGGAGAGGCUGCUUUCAUCCUCACACAACCAGCACUUGUCAGCGCGUUCAAUGGGGAGGCCGAAAUGAAGACCACCGGCCAAAUGAAGGGUUUUGAUGACUUCUUGAUCGAUAUGGGGAUGACCACUGGCGGUGGCGUCCGGGCCUCUCUUGGGUUGAUGUCCAACUUCGCCGAUGUUUAUCGAUUCGUUCAAUUUUCCCGCGCCUUCAUCGACGCCGUUCCAGUAGUCGAGAAACUUAUUCCCCGGUUGCACUGUUGAGGUUGAUUAUCGAUAUCCGCGUGUUUAACUUCUCCUUUUUCUUCGCUUUCUAAACGCUAAAACGAUCAACGACGGAAGGCUUGAGUGUGUAUAUUAGCCGACGUGAACAUGUACAUAACGAUUUGAAGAUUACCGACUUCAUGAACAUAUCCGAGCCCUACAUGACUUUGUAUUCUUUUUAAGUGUUUUUGCCACUCUGUCGGGAUCGGUGCGGGCGCCAUUUAAUGGUCCACCAAGGCUGAAUAUAUGAUGUCUCUUCAACUCCAGUGUGAUUUUUUUGUUUCUGGCGUUAUUGGUCUUAUGUAUGAUCCGAGAAGAAUUGGAUGGGACUUGCGUAGAGAGCGGCGCUGGUCGACAUAUGAACAAUUAUAAGCGGGACGAUGUAUAUAGUUUAUAGAGCCCCGCAGAAUGCCCACCUCGAUACAGCUUCUCCAACUGCAACACGCUCAGUUUCCCGAUUUGUUGAAAGUAUCUGAAAAGAUUAGUGUUUGAUGAAAGAAGGUGGAAUAGAAAAGAGGACAGUCAGAGUUCUUUAAGAAAAUUUUUAAGAACAAUAGCAGAACCAGAGAGCUAUUGUUCUUGAUAUUGGCGGGUUCGGCUGCCGCCCAGAACUCAAAAGUUGGAACAUUUUUACAUGUUCAAGAAAACCCAUUCUUUUUCAGAUGGGAAGAAUACAAUCGGCGGAUACUUAACCGUUUAGCUUGCCAACCGGGGAACAUGCUUCUUAUCUAUUUAAGGGUAAUCGUUGGUCUCCGUGGUAUUUCUACUAGCAACUACGCUGCGUAGGAAUGUAUAUUAAUAUUAUGGUGGGGUAGAGUAGGUCAACAGUCACAGAUUGAACUACUGAUUAUAUAAAUCAAUAGAAAACGCUCUAUCAUAGAUAAUCUGCUGAA